CAGCAGAACGAUAUUUUUGUCGAGGGGCAAAAACUGUACGCGCUCUGUUGUGUUGUGUUGUGCGUUUGUGUGUGUUGGAGCGGGAGGGCGCAACGCGGGGCCCAAAUAUUGUACAAAAGUUUAAUGCCUCGUUUUGUUUCUACUUAUGCAAAUUGCAGUCUGUGUUCCGUUUCUGUAUCUUGGUGUGCGUGUGCUAUAAACUUGCUGCCUUAGUGUAAUUUAUUAACUCGACGGAUUCCCACCCCCUAUUUUUGUGAGGCACCCCAAAAGUGAACCUAAACCUUAAAUGAUAAUGGUUCGCAGACGUGCACGGCCCGCCAAAGAGCCCGCCCUAAUGGUGGUUACCUCUAACGGGGUUGACGCAAACAGCGACGCGACGUUGGCCCUGCCGUUUAAUGGCGAACCAAUCAGCGCCGUGGCUGCGACGGCCACCAAUAAUCUGCUGGAUGAUCAAUACUUUGCCAGCCCCAAGCGAAAAGACUGCCGUCUUAUGAAAACGCAUGAAAAUCUCAAUGCGGCGGAAGAUUCACAAUGUCACAGCAAAGACAACAACAACAAAGCUAAUGGCAACUCAACCAAGUCUGAAACUGGCCGCACAAUUGGUGUUCAAUUGGCAACGCGUUCUCAAACACGCACCAUUGAGAACUUCUUUAAAGCGAAUGCGGCUGCAAAAAGCCAAAAAAUAUCUACUAUUCUAUCAGAUACAGUUAUAGCUACAACUACAACAGCAGAGCAAAAGACAAUAACAAUAAGUGGCGCCUUAGAUGACGAAUUGGAGGAAGAGGAAUCUCUCCUAUAUGACGCACACUCCAUAGCGUCGCCUUCCACCAGUACCAGCUCUCCAUCUUAUCCGAACGAUGAUCUGGAAACCGACAAUAGCUCCGAGCUGGGCAGUAACUACACACCUAUAGACACAACCACACACAUACAAGUAGACAUUCACACACAAACCGACCCACACAUAGACACAUCUACAAACACGGCUGCCUUUCAGACGCAUCGCUCAACGCUGCGCGACAGUCACAGCUCGUCGCAUAGCAGCAGCAGCAGCAGCGCUGCGACUUCCGAUAAUAUAUUUCUGCAGGAGCCAGUGCUGACGUUGGACAUCGAUCGCACGCCCACAAAGGCCUCUAGCAUUCGCAUUAACAAAAGCUUCGAGCUGGCAAGUGCCGUAUUCUCAUCACCGCCUUCUGUGCUAAGUGCUUGCGUGCUAAACGGUCGCUUCAAUCAGAUUGUUACGCUCAAUGGCCACGGGCACGGGGAAGAGCAAGAGCAUGAACAAGAACAGCAUCAGCUGCAGCAACCGCUGAGCGGUUUUGAGUUGGACCAAAAUGACAGCAGUUCCUGCGACAGUGGCGUCGCCUGUUGCUUGACGGCUGGCACAUCUCCUGCGGUGGCGGGCAACCGACGACGUAAGCCCGCGACUCCACACCGCAUACUAUGCCCCUCGCCUAUCAAGACGAUGCCGCGCGACACAGUGCUGCUGAAGGGCGAUGCGUUGUCGCCUCGCAAGUCGCCGCGUAAACUGCAAAUGCAGCUGGCCGCAAGCAACGCGUGCAAGUCGCGACGAAGACUGAAUCAGCCAAAGCCACAAGCGCCUUACCAGCAGCCCAGCCCAGCGCCAAGUGAAGAUGUUAUAUUGGUGGACGACGGUGAAGACGAUGACGAUGAUGUGCAUGCGUUACUCAAGGCUGCAGAGGAGCGCGAAAAUAUGAACAAAGCCAAGGCAAUGCCCAAACCGGCUGCAGUAGCAGCAGCAGCGGUCAAGCCAAAGGCACCUACCAAACCGGCCAAGGCCAGGACAAUGGCGGCCAAGUCCCAACCGCUGGCUGCAACAAAUGGCAAUCGUGAGCUGACCGAAUUCUUUCCGGUGCGGCGCAGCGUUCGCAAAACUAAAACUGCCGUCAAAGAGGAAAUGAUGCGUAAUCUGGAGCAGGCCGUGCUCGAGGAGCGCUGCGAGGGUCUGCAGGUACGCCACUUUAUGGGAAAGGGGCGGGGCGUUGUCGCAGUACGUCGGUUCAAGCGUAACGAGUUUGUCGUCGAAUAUGUGGGUGAUCUCAUUGCGAUCAGCGAGGCCACUGAACGCGAGCGUCGUUAUGCGCUGGACGAGAAUGCCGGCUGCUAUAUGUACUACUUUAAGCAUAAGAACCAACAGUACUGCAUCGAUGCCACCAUUGACACCGGCAAGUUUGGUCGCCUUAUCAAUCACUCGCGCAACGGCAAUUUGAUGACCAAAGUGGUUGUCAUCAAGCAGCGACCACAUUUGGUGCUGCUAGCCAAGGAUGACAUUGAGCCCGGCGAGGAGUUAACAUAUGACUAUGGCGAUCGUUCCAAGGAGUCGCUGCUUCAUCAUCCAUGGCUGGCAUUCUGAGCCAUUGGCUCAUGGCAACUGUCAUUAUCUAAAUAAAUAAUAGUAGCCUAGAUAUUCUUUAAUGAAAAUUUGAAAGAAAAAAAAAACUGUUAGUGCAAAAUAUCGUAAAGGAUAGAGAGCAUCAUCAUCAUAUUUUUGGAUCUGUUAGCGUUUUUCCUUUGUUGUAAGGCAUCGAUUAUGAAACUGUUGAACAUUUAGACGGAGUUGAAGCGAUUGAAGCUGAUAAUUAUGACAUAAACAUUGCAUUCACAUUUAUAUUGAAAUCGUACACUAUUUAUAUAGGACUAGGUAUAUAUAUGUAAUAUUGCUAAUAAUUAUGUACUAUUUACUGCCAUAGUGCUAUCUAUAUACACCCCGUGCACCUCGCCAAUCCCAAUCCAAAAAAAAAAAAAAACAAAAACCCCUGACUAGAUAUUUAUAUAUAAUUAUUGCAUCAACAUCUCUUAACACACGCGUUUGACGAGGCUUCCUGUAGCGUCCACUGGCAGAGUCCUACUUACUGAGAGAGUGCCUGAGAAAUAGAUAUCAUCCGGUGUUUCUCUGUGCGCAUCACCCAAUGAGCUUCCUAUAAGCAGGUUUCAAGUACUCCAACACGCCUUACAGCGAGUCUCCUAGUAGAAUCAUGAAUCUAAUUAUAUAUGCCGUCGCCGCCCCCCGUCCCCACAGACUUAAAUGAUAAGUAACGCAAGAUUGUAUUGCAACAAAAAUUUGGUUCAAAUAAACGUAAAUUGUUUUUUUUUCCAAUUACUAUAUAUAUUUUUAUUAUUAUUAUACUCUGCGCAUAUAUAUUUAUACAGUACAUUAUCUAUUAAUUGUAUAAUAUAAUUUUGUAGCACAUAAUACAUUGAUUUUAAUUCAAGGCGCAAAACCAUUUUAUAUAUCAUUAAUAUUUGUUUAAAAUUUGAUUAGCAAAAUAAAAACAAAGCACACACGAAUGCAUAAUUUACAGUUAAGUCUACGUCUAAAGCAUCGAUUGGAAUUUAGUUUGUAAUUUAUAAUUGUUUUACUUUCACGCACACACACACCCUCACACAUGCACACUCACAACACAAACAAACAUGAAGCGAAAAUAAAUAAAAACAUUAACACAAAAAAUCUGAAGCCAAUUGCUUAUCUUGUUUUCACUUUGGAGAUCAUGGCAAACUAUGACAACACAUGGAAUGCACGCGCUUUUUUUAAUUUUAUCUUUUUUUGAUCAAACGUAACAAAUUUUAUAAGUUAUAAUAAUACAUUACAAACACUCAUAAGUAUAUAGGUGUAUAUAGAAAAUAUAUGCUUAGGCGGGUUACGUUUUUGUUGUUCAAUUUUUUAAAUAUAUAACACACUAUGGAAUGGCUGGGGCGAUUUGUGAUAAUUGAUAUUAACAAAACUCUUGCAAGCAUUGACUUAAGCCAAAUCGUAAGGGAUCAAAACUGGGCUAUACAAAAAAAAAAAUAACUAAGCUCGGCUUGCGUAAAGUGAUAUUAAAAGGACAAACAUAUAUUAAUUAUGCUUUGGGAAACUCGUUAAACAGGAAAGCAAAUAAAAGGCGUUUGGGUUCACUGACCUAAUUAAAGUCGCCAUAGCUAAAUGUGGAGAUAAUAUCGCUAACAACGUUCUAUGAAACAUGCUAUACAGUCUAAACACAUCCACUUAUCAUAUAAUAAAGAGGCUAUAACUAAAGGCUAGUACUAAUUGUUGAGUUUUUAAGUUUUCGGCCAAAUAAUCAAAUAAUUCUUAAAUUUUACAUAUAUAUAAUCAAUUUAAGUUUUAUACACAAUAU